AUGCGCAAAUCUUCUUCUCAACACAAGUCAUCGCGAACUCUUCAGAUCAUUACAUUACUCAUAACGUUAACCAAUUGCAAAGGAAAACAAAUGACUAAGAAUAUCUUAGAACAAGGAAUGCCUUUUAGCUUCAAAAUGAUCAUGUCUGAGUCGUUAACAGUCACUUCUGAUGUCAUUAGUUGGAGAUUCCUAUUGAACGUGAAUCGAAAGGGAUUUAUCUUCUAUCAAGUGAAGGUAGAUGAACAAGAUCCUUCCAUAAAAGUCAUCUCUAUAAAACACUCCGAAGCUAAAGGUAGACGUGAAAAUUGUGGAUCUUCCAUCCUUUGGUUUAGUGUUGAAUAA